GAUAGUUGAUGAUGUCAAUUGGUCUUUGGUCGUGUUUUCAAUCAUCGUGUUUUCCAUAUAACGACCAGAAGAUCUCGUGGUCGACUCCACAUGGCUACCUAGCCACCCAGCUAACCAACCAACCGACCGACCAACCAACCAAUCCUGCUAGCUUCUAUUAGCCCCAGUCUGUUACAGGCUCAGAGUAUGGGCAGUGUGUUGGCUGCCGCCUCCCCCAGUCCUGCCCCAGCUGCGGCUGGAGGCAGUCAAGGGGUCCCAGGGUUGGUGUCUGUCCCUCCAGGGUUCACUAUGCCCUCAGUGUCUUCCGUCCCUCCAGCAUCUGGAUCAGACACAGCAGAUUCAGAGUCCUCGCUCCCAAACCCAGGCACAUAUGAGGAGUGCCACCGCAAAUGUAAAGAGGUGUUCCCUCUGCAGAUGGAAGGGGUACGGUUAGUGGUCAACAAAGGCCUGAGUAACCACUUCCAGGUCAGCCAUACUGUAACCCUCAGUACCCUCGGUGAAUCUGGUUAUCGGUUUGGUUCCACCUACGUAGGCAGUAAACAGACUGGACCAGCAGAGUCAUUCCCAGUUAUGGUUGGAGAUAUGGACAAUACUGGCAGUCUGAAUGCCCAGAUCAUCCACCAGCUUACAUCUGCUGUACGCUCCAAAAUAGCCAUCCAAACUCAGCAGCACAAGUUUGUGAAUUGGCAGUGUGACAUGGAGUAUCGUGGUGAAGACUUCACCUCCGCUGUAACGUUCGGAAAUCCAGACGUACUUGUUGGAUCUGGAAUUUUGGUGACCCAUUAUCUCCAGUCUAUCACACCAGCACUGGCUCUGGGUGGUGAGCUUGUAUACCACAGGAGACCAGGGGAGGAAGGAACUGUCACCUCCCUCUUGGGCAGGUACACAGGUGACAACUACGUAGCUACAGUGACCUUGGGAGGCGCAGGAGCUCAUGCUACAUACUAUCACAAAGCCAAUGAUCAGUUGCAGAUAGGAGUUGAGUUUGAAGCCAGCACGAGGAUGCAAGAGACCACAACUUCCUUUGGUUACCAGUUGGACCUUCCCAAAGCUAACUUGCUCUUUAAAGGUACUGUUGACAGUAAUUGGGUGGUUGGGGCAACCCUUGAGAAGAAACUGCUGCCGCUGCCUCUUACACUGGCCUUAGGGGCUUUCCUCAACCAUCGCAAGAACAAGUUUCAGUGUGGCUUCGGUGUCACCAUCGGCUAGAGGUGCGGGCGCUGCCUGGAGUGAGCUCGCAGGCCACAGCUUGGACCGGCACAGAGACACACAGUAACCUGGACUAAGUUUUAGAAAUUGGAUUCAGAGACUCUCUUUCAACUGUGAGUUCUGGGGCAGACAGAGAGACAAUGACAACUACCAAGGAGCCAGGACUGGCCAAGCCAUGCCUACAUUCUGUAGCACAAAUGUCUUUCCUUUAUGGUGUAUUGGAUAUACCCAGAGGCUAGAGGGAUGUAUAUCAGAGGGCAUCAGUGAUGCAUGAGAUCAUGUGAUGUGAAAAUCAAAGUAAGUGGUUAGAAUUAAUAUAUGGUGAUCAUGUAUGAUGGAUUGAAAUAAAUGUGAUUACUUUUUUGUAAAA